CCCGGGUGACGUCAGAAGCAGCCCGCCCCUGCCUGAUGGUGCGCCCUGAGUGACGUCAGGAGCAGAGGCCGGAGCUGUCCAUCAGCACCAAAGGCCGCGGGCGGGCUCAGGGCAUGGGGCCGCGGCUCCGGGGCAGCCCGAGCCCCUGCGCCCGCUCCUUUCCCUUCCCCGGGGCCAGCCCGGGUCCCCGGACGCCGCGGGACUGGAGCGCCAGCCGGUGUUGGACGCGGAGCGGCGACGCUGCCGCGCGGAGACCGCUCCCUCCGGCCCAGGAGCCCCCUUCCUCGAACGGCGGACUUUCCCCGGACCCCAGUCAGCUGGGGCCUCCGGCGACCCGCCACCCCGGCCCCUCCGGCCCCUGCACAGCCUCUUUGGCUCAGAAGCUCGGGUCGCCUCCAGCCCAGGCUGACCUGGGGGAGUGACUCCCUCUCGUCCCCAGCACUAUGCCGGGCACUGCGGCGACGCUGCGGUUCCAGCUGCUGCCCCCCGAACCAGAUGAUGCCUUCUGGGGUGCACCCUGUGAACAGCCCCUGGAGCGCAGGUACCAGGCACUGCCGGCCCUCGUCUGCAUCAUGUGCUGUCUGUUUGGAGUCGUCUACUGCUUCUUCGGUUACCGCUGCUUCAAGGCAGUGCUCUUCCUCACGGGGUUGCUGUUUGGCUCCGUGGUCAUCUUCCUGCUGUGCUACCGAGAGCGGGUGCUGGAGACGCAGCUGAGUGCCGGGGCGAGUGCGGGCAUCGCGCUUGGCAUCGGACUGCUCUGCGGGCUGGUGGCCAUGCUGGUGCGCAGCGUAGGCCUCUUCCUGGUGGGGCUGCUGCUCGGGCUGCUGCUCGCCGCUGCCGCCCUGCUGGGCUCCGCACCCUAUUACCAGCCAGGCUCCGUGUGGGGCCCCCUGGGGCUGCUGCUGGGGGGCGGCCUGCUCUGUGCCCUGCUCACGCUGCGCUGGCCCCGCCCGCUUACCACCCUGGCCACCGCCGUGACUGGUGCUGCGCUCAUCGCCACCGCCGCUGACUACUUUGCAGAGCUACUACUGCUGGGGCGCUACGCGGUGGAGCGACUGCGGGCCGCCCCAGUGCCCCCUCUCUGCUGGCGGAGCUGGGCCCUGCUGGCGCUGUGGCCCCUGCUCAGCCUGAUGGGCGUCCUGGUGCAGUGGCGGGUGACAGCCGAGAGAGACUCCCACACAGAAGUGGUCAUCAGCCGGCAGCGACGACGAGUGCAGCUGAUGCGGAUUCGCCAGCAGGAAGAGCGCAAGGAGAAGCGGCGGAAGAAGAGACCCCCACGGGCCCCCCCCAGAGGCCCCCGAGCUCCUCCAAGGCCCGGGCCCCCUGACCCUGCUUAUCGGCGCAGGCCAGUGCCCAUCAAACGCUUCAAUGGAGAUGUCCUCUCCCCGAGCUACAUCCAGAGCUUCCGGGACCGGCAGACGGGGAGCUCCCUGAGCUCCUUCAUGGCCUCGCCCACAGAUGCGGACUAUGAGUAUGGGUCCCAGGGGCCACUGACGGCCUGCUCGGGGCCCCCUGUGCGGGUGUAGCAGGAUGGCUGCUCCUGCCCACCUAGACUCUGUGGUCACCAGCUCUGCCGGCUUGGGGAGGCCUGCUGGGCCACUGCCCAGCCCGCCUGACCCUGAGCCUUUGGCUGUCCCUCUGCCCAGCUGGAGAGGGCUGGCCUAGCACUAGAGAGGAGGACCUGUCUCAGGCUGGGCCUGGCCCGAGGGGAAAGCCCCCUCCCACACUCCCGAGGGGCUCCUGAGGGACUCGGGGUGUGAGCCCCAUUGGGGUGUGCUCAGGGUUAUGAGUGUGUCACCUGUGUUUGUGUGUGUGUGUGUGUGUGUGUGUGGAGGGGUGGGCUUGGACAGGACACUGGGACCUUUGCCUUAGAUUUCUGAUGGGUAGGGCUUCUCCAAGGUGGGCCCCCUCCUCUCCCACUGCUGGGGCCCCGUGGCCACCCUUCUGCAUGUCUAAGAGGAGGAGCCUGCCUUCCUCCCCCAUCGCCCCGCCUCUCAACCAGACUCAUCUAAGGCUGCUUGUCUUUGUCCACCAGGCAAAUUGCAGCACCCCCACCCUGGUCCCCUGUCCUCUGCAAAGCCACCAGCCUGAGGGCAGUGGCAGGGGAUGGGUGUAGGGGGGUGCUGCGCUGGGCUGGGCUGGGGAAGGGUGCUGGGGGGGAGGGGGCUUAAAUGCACGGUGCAUGUCUGGUGUCUGUCCUGCCACCUGGACACCUCAUGCUUGUGUCUCCCCCCACCCCACCCCACCCCACCCUGUUUUACAUCUUUUAUAAAUGUGCCAAACUGUG